AUGCCGGAUGACCUUUCUGGGGCUGCAUCUGAUCCUUUCGUUGGGGACAUGACUUUUCACACCUUUAACAAUAUCUUGUCGGGAGCUUGCGCAGUCUUCGUCUGCCUUGUUGUCGUGACUUUGAUGAUCAUGCAUGCCACUCACUUCAGCAACCCAUGCCGACAGACAAAAAUCAUGAGAAUCUGUGCUCUUCUUCCACUGUACGCGAUCUUCUCGUUCCUUGCAAUCUACUUCCCCAACGGCUACGUCUAUCUUGUUGCGUGGCUGGAUGUGUUCCAGGCCAUCGCCUUGUGUGCCUUCUUUCUUUUACUUUGUGACUUUGUCAGUCCCAGUCAGGAGGAGCGUGCAAUGUUCUUUGCGAAGCUUCAGCCAAAGAAAGGGAAGGGAAGCUCAAAGCCUGUGGAUGGUAUCGCAUGGUUCCAAAAAAAAUGGUAUAUGGUUCUGCAAUACCCCGUUGUGGCUUUCAUCGAUGCGAUUGGAACCUGUAUCACCGAGGCCGCGGAUAUAUACUGCCUGGAAAGUAGUAAGGCGUAUUAUGCACAUGUUUGGCUAAACGUCAUUCGCAUCGUCUCGGUAUUCCUUGCCACAUUAUCUAUUCUGACUUUUUAUGCGGCCCUAAAGCCCCACAUCUUACAACACAAGCCUCUCACGAAACUUGUCGCCCUUAAGCUCAUUGUCGGACUCGUGUUUCUUGAAAAUAUCAUCUUCACCAUCCUCCGCUCUACCUCUCUUCUCGAUACCACAGCAAAGCUGACUUGGGCAGAUGUCCAUAUGGGCAUUGAAACUCUGAUCAUAUGUCUUCAAUUGGUUCCAAUCGCUUGCUUGUUCCAUUAUGCAUACGGUAUCGGACCCUACCGACUCUCCCGAUCAGGGUCCUCCGACGACCACGACUACACCACGGUAUCUAGCAAUGGACCCAAGAUCCCGCAGCAUUACCAGGGUGGUCCUUUGAGCAUUUGGGCCUGGUUGUCCAUGUGCAACCCAAUGGAGUUCUCGCGGGAUAUCCGCGAUACAUUCGCCAUGCUUAAGCAGGCUCGACAGGGAUCUCGGCAUAUGUUGUUGAGUGAGGCAACUGGGUAUCAGUGA